CUACACUUGAACUGCCACCUCCGUUCCGAAAGCUCCCGAGCUCCACGCUCGCCGCCUCAUAAACAAACAGUUAGACAAACUCUCUGCGUCCCGCGUGUGAGUGUGUGUGAGUGCUUGCUGCUCGCUACUUGCGUUUUGUUGCUGCCACACGGUCGCCCUCAUUGUGCUCUGGUGCAAAUGAAAAUUUCAUUGAGCAGAAAGUCGCAACAGCGGAAAAGUGGAAAAGCCUAAAGCGGCAGCGGCUACAGCGGCAGAAGAAAACAAAGUAAAGAUCUCCUCAAGUGAAAUUUCUGACUGAUGAAAAUUGAAAACAGCAAUUCAAUCGAAUUUCAAAAUAGACUAGGCCAUAACGAUCGCUGGAGCAUUGCCAAAACGCAGCGCCAAUUAAUUAAGGUUCAAUAAACGAAGCUUGUAUCCGUGAAUCGAUAGAAAAAUGCAGUGCGGCCUAGAGAUGAACGACUGCGAGCGAUCCCCCAACCGGACCAAUCUACGCGUCAACUUCAACGAGAAGGGGGCCGAGGUGAAGGAGCGCAGGGAGAAGUUCCUCACAGCCAAAUACGGAUCACACCAGAUGAGCCUCAUCCGCAAGCGCCUCGCUGUGGAGAUGUGGCUCUACGACGAGUUGCAGAAGCUCUUCGAUCCGCCGAGCGAGGCCAUUGAUGUGGACAUUGACGAGAUAUUGGACAUGGACACAGAUGACAUAAGGAGAUCUCAUCUUAUAAGGUUAUUAUCAGUCUGCAAACGCCCGCAAUCGGACAUAUCGAAGUUCAUCAGCGACCUGCUGGAUCGCGCAAAGACACUGUAAAUCUCCAGACCCUCGAUCAUUCAGCAGAACUACACAUACAAUAUGCAGACAAUGUGCAACAAUAAAUAAUUAGGACCCUAAGUUUAGCCCGAAAAUCAAAGAACAAGGAAUUCAGUUACAAAUCUUUAGUUUAACCCAUCCGGAACUUUUCCCCAUAAUUUCUGGGUUCUGUGUUCUGUUUACCUUAGUUGAUAGUUCGGAUCUUUUCGCUGACUAAUUCAAAGUUGUGUUUCUAAUUUAAGUCACCGAUUACGAAAGCCAGAUCGCUAGCCCUAAGCCUAUGAACGUGAAUUCAUCAAUUUUGUGAUGAGACAUGAUUGUUUAAAUAAAAAACAUAACCAAACAUGAACUGGCCUGAAAGCAAAAACGAAUGUUAAGCAUGUUUAGUGAAGUUAAGAAUUUUGUGCUCCAUUCUUGAAGAAAGAUCAUCCCCUUCGCGAGAUCGGGGCUCACCGACACUCUGGUUGUUCGCUAAAUUCGCCUGUAUGUGCUUAUUUUAAUCGAUUAAAGUACCAUUAAAUCGUGUA